AAACAGGAUUCAAACAUGUAUUUUGGUUAUGAAUAUCUAUUCUUUCUGACAUUCCCUCUGCUGAUGAUAACAUUCGUUUGGUUUCUGUGGUCGGAAGGUAGUGAUGAUACAGUUGCUGUUGGUGUUGGUGGCGUCGGGGGCACGCAUUCAAGUGGUGACGUAAUCUUGGAAUUUGAUGAGUUUUCCGAUAGUGAAGAGGACAGUGACGACGAUAUUGAUGAAUAUUAUGUCGAAGAUGGUGAUUUAUUUGUCAACGUCGAGGAGCCAUUCGAGUUCGAACUGCCCGAGAUACAGUUCCGGCGGGAGCGGGAUCAAGCUGAUCUGCAGCUUUAUAAAUUAACAUGGAGGCUUUGUGCUGCCAAUUUCUCAUAAACAAUCACACAUACAUACAAACAUACACAAAAAUGGGUGGCAACUGAGUGUGUUGAGUUCUGCGCGCGAUUUGCCAGUUUUCGUUUACACACACACAGUUUAACGAAUGCUGAAUGCAGUUUUAUUUGAAUAUUUUCUUUAAUUCCCACCAUUUUAAAAAAUUCAUGU